CGCAAAUUUUCAAAUGGUAAUCAGGAAGGAAAACAGAAGACUGGCGAGCUAAGGACUACACUUGGGAAAAUCUUUUUUUUUUUCCCCAGACCUGCUUCUUAACAGCUAAGAACUAAACACGGAGGUAGCAGCCAUGAGUGCCGCCGCCACCCCAGUUUCUCGAGUGCGUCAGUGGGCCUCGCCUUCCCUGGUGCAAAAGGGCUCGUCCGUCCUCACCAGCACCCCGCUCCUCGCUGCCUUCCCCGGCAACGAUGACGAGCUGGAGCGGCGCCAGAGGCGGAGGUCCAGGGUCAUGGACCUCCACGCAAUGUCGGAUAUGUCUGUCGCGGAGUCCCCUCUACACAGUGCUACUGGGACCCCUUCAGCAGUGCCAAAACUGUCAAACGCACAGAUCUCCGAGCAUUACUCCACCUGCAUCAAACUCUCCACUGAGAAUAAAAUCACCACCAAGAAUGCUUUUGGACUGCACCUGAUUGACUACAUGGCUGACAUCCUCAAGCAGAAGGACUCGGAGCUCACCAAUUUCAAGGUGGCAGCGGGUACCUUGGACGCCAGCACCAAGAUCUACGCGGUCAGAGUGGAUGCUGUUCAUGCUGAUGCCUAUCGGGUGCUGGGUGGCCUGGGCGCCGAGACCAAGCCAGGAGAGGAGAGGGAAGGUGGCAGUGGAGGAGAGGAGGGGGAGGAGGACGCUGGAGUGACCGCGGCGAAGGCGGUGAAGAAGAAGAGGCCUCCUAAGAAGACCGUCGAGCAGAACCUGAGCAACAUCAACUGCUCCGACUCAGAGAGGAAGUGCGAGGUGGACCCCAUGUUCCAGCGCAUGGCAUCCUCGUUCGACGAGAGCAGCACGGCGGGGGUGUUCCUGUCCGUGCUCUUCAGCGAGGACAGCCGCUGUGAGCUGCUCUUCCCCUCUCACAUGACCCUCCUGCGCUCCGCCCCUGCCUGCCCGGCCCCGCCCCCGCAGCACAUUGCAGCCAAUCCCUUCACAGGUGGUCUGCAGCAGGCUCAGGAGAGGAGCUCGAUAUGCCCCUCCCUGAAGGACUUCUCCUUCACCAGCUGGAACCCAGACCAGACGAUGAACCAGCUGCUGGAGAAGAUGAAACAGGGCGAACACGCGUUUGACGUGAACGCGGAGGUGGAACCGGAGGCGGGAGAAUUCCAGGAUUUCGGGGACGAUUUCGAUGCGGACUACGAGGAGGGGCCGGGGGAGGGCGGCGAGGGGGAUAAGGAGCAGAAAGAGUCCUGUGCCCUCACGGGGGCCGGUCGCGGGAGGGACGUGAUCGCGAUCGGAGAGGGCGACAUCACCACCAUGUGCCUGCAGCUGUCCUCCCAGCCCAGGGAGUACUCCUACUUCAGCCCCAGGACCAUGGCCACGUGGGCUGGGCCCGGCUACUGGCGCUUCAAACCCCUGCACAAGCAGGAUCACCUCCCGGACAAGGAGAGCCGUAAGAGGAAGCCGAAGAAAACCUUUGAGCUCGACUUCAACGAAGACGUGAACUUUGACGUUUACUUCCGCACCACUCGAGCCGCCACCACCAUCAGCAAGUCUGCCCUGUCCACCAGCAACAAGAAGACCACGUUACCGGCCGACUUCCACUACCCUCCUGAGGCCCUGUCCCGGCUCAACUUCAAGCCCUUGAACACGUUGAAUAAGCGGGGUACGCAGCGGUUGUCUGGGGAGCUGGGCGACGGCAUCGGCGACUACGACUACAACAACGCCAACGACACCGCCAACUUCUGCCCCGGCCUGCAGGGGGGGGACAGUGAUGAUGACGUGGGGGGGUCCGGAGGACCGGAGGAGGACUCCGACGUGACCAGCCAGCCUUUCGGCGUGCCAGCCUCCCAGGACAUGGAUGGCAUCUCCACCUACGGGGAGGACAACCUCGUGCCAGAACCCCAGAAGGUGAACAAGAUUGAAAUAAACUACGCCAAGACGGCCAAGAAGAUGGACAUGAAACGUCUGAAGAACACCAUGUGGAGCCUGCUGACGGACUGCCUGGACAAGCCCCCCGAGGAAAGUGAGGGGGCCGAAACGGAGGUUUCUGGGGAGAAAGCGUUCAGCCAGACCACCAAGACCCUGCUUCAAAGGCUGCCCCACACCAUGGCCCAGAACAUGUCCGUGCCGCUGGCCUUCGUGGCUCUGCUGCAUCUGGCCAAUGAGAAGAACCUGGAGCUCGUCAAAGUGGAUGACAUGUCAGAUAUCCUCAUCAAGCAAGGUCACUGAGACGAGACCAGAUGCCAGGAUUUGUAAUGAAGAGAUUAUGUAGUUACAUUUUUUAUUUUAUUUGUAUUAUUAUUAUUUUAAUUUUUUUUUCCUUUCUUAAGACCUCUUCUCUUUAUGUUCCUGAAACGUGGUGUGCAAGCCCUACUUGAGUUUUUAAUCUCAACUUGAUUUUAUCGACUUUGAAUGGAGCGUAAAGCACCAGACAUUUUUUUCACUUCUCUUGUCUGCAAUUUUAUUUCAUUUUUAAAUUCUGUAACCGUAUCCAAACCUUACAAUUACCCCUGUCUGCAUUCUCUGCUCUGUCUGUUUCAGUGUAUAAUUUAAGGUCUUCACUGUCCACUAUAACAGUGUAAUGUGUAAAUAUUAAAUAAAACACUUUUUUUAAAUCUUU